CCACUGUGGACCAGACUCCUCUCGGUAACAUUACUCUCUCCAUUCCUGAAACAUCGUCGCCCCUCUGUUAGACCUGCACAGCUUCCGCAGUUAUAGUCACAACUCUCCAAAUGGAUCUGACAUUAUUUACGCUUUUAUUUUGCCUGCAUGAUGUUUUUGUGAAUUGCAACCCGGGUCCGUUAGUGGAUGUUGUUGUCGAUCGUUACGAGAUACCUAAAGUUUGUUCCCGAGAAGUGCAAACAGAAGAUUUUAUCCGCUAUCAUUUUAACGGUACCUUCCAUGCAGAUGGGAAAAAGUUUGACUCCAGUCAUGACCGAGGCAAAGCCUUCAUCAGCCAGGUGGGCCUGGGCAGACUCAUCACAGGGAUGGACCGCGGUCUUCAGGGCAUGUGUGUCAACGAACAAAGGAGGAUCACAAUCCCCCCGCACCUGGCCUAUGGAAGUAUCGGAACAGGUGGUGUAGUCCCUCCUGACGCUGUGUUGGUGUAUGAUGUUCUCCUACUGGACAUAUGGAGCCCAGAGGACAAGGUCCAGAUUCGCACACUCAGCAGACCGGCCCUGUGCCACCGCACCACUAAGGCAUCAGAUUUCGUCCGCUACCAGUAUAACGGCACCCUGCUGUCUGGUGCAGCUUUCGACUCCAGUUACUCAAAGAAUGCAACCUAUGACACGUACUUGGGACAGGGCGACCUCAUCCAAGGCUUAGAUGAAGGUCUUCAGAGCAUGUGCGUUGGGGAGAGAAGGAUCAUCAUCAUCCCACCCUUCCUGGCAUAUGGAGAGACCGGCCAUGGAACUCAGAUCCCCCCGGCUACGCUGGUGUACGAGGUCCUGCUGGUGGAUAUGUUCAACCCUAAGGAUGAUCUGAUUGUGCAGGUAAAGAAGGUGCCUGAAGGCUGCAAACGCAGGACUUUGGCUGGAGAUUACAUCCGCUACCACUACAACGGCACAUUCCAGGAUGGCACCGCCUUCGACUCAAGCUACAAGCGAAACAGCACCUAUAACACUUACAUCGGCAUGGGAUAUGUGAUCAAAGGGAUGGACAAAGCCCUGCAUGGACUGUGCAUAGGAGAGAGGAGAAGGGUCACCAUUCCUCCUCACAUGGCGUAUGGCGAAGCGGGAGUCGGAGACCUCAUUCCCGGCUCAGCUGUGCUGGUCUUUGACAUUCAUGUCAUUGAUUUCCACAACCCCAAAGACUCAGUCGAUAUUAAAGUUACCCACAAGCCUGGGGAUUGCAAAAAGACCAGUGAAGUGGACGAUUUGAUUCAGUAUCGUUAUAACUGCUCCUUGAUGGACGGCACCCUGCUGUACUCCUCGGACCAGUUCGAUGUACCUUCCAUCACGACUCUCGGAGCGGACAAGGUGAUCGCUGGUCUUGAGAAAGGUUUGGUCGGCAUGUGCGUGGGCGAGAGGAGGGAGGUGGUCGUUCCACCACACUGGGGCCAUGGUGAAAAUGGAGCUGGAGAAGUUCCCAGGAGUGCAGUGCUCUUAUUUGAGCUGGAGUUGGUGCAGCUGCAGAAGGGUGUACCUGAAGGCUACAUGUUUGUUUGGCUAGGAGACAGUCCAGAUCCCCUCUUUCCUGCUAUGGACCUCAAUGGUGACCGAGAGGUACCUCUAGAGGAGUUUUCGGCCUUCCUCAUGCUACAAGUUGAAGAGGGCAAAGGUCGUCUUCGGCCGGGGGUUGAUGCCGAUAGCAUCAUUAAGGACAUGUUCAAUAACCAGGACUACAAUAAAGAUGGGAAGAUUGUAGAAGAUGAACUGAAAGUUAAAAGGGAUGACGGGCCUGAACAAGCCACACGAGAUGAGCUAUAAAGGGGUCAGGUACAAUAUUUUAUUGGUGGUACGGAACCGGAAUGCAGUGGUUGGGGUUGUACUGUCAUUUAAGAUGUCCUGCACCUAUUUCAAAAAAUGUUUUAGAGAUUGAAACAAUGUUGAGCAUUUAUUUAAGGCAGUCUGCUUUGCUAGAUUCUGUUAAAAUAUGUUGUGCAAAGGAAACUAAUGUUUGAAAAAUGUGAAAAAGAAAACAUGGUGUGUAGUGAAAUUGAGUGAUUUACAUUGAACUACCUACACACGCAUUCGGGCAGGGCCCUUUCCAAAAAUAUUACUUUAUAAAAUGAAUACUCAUUUUAUAAAGUAAAAUUUACUUUAUAAAAUGAUGAGAAACCAUUGGAGAGGCUAGUUUGUACAAUAUUGGAAAAUAUAUUAUAAAAAAUGAAAAACUAAAUUGUGUGUUGUGAAACAUAAA